GUGGAAAGGUAGGACUUAGUGAAAUAGUUAUUAAGUCAGGAUGGCUAUACUGAAAGAUCACUAUUAUAGACUUGGGUCUGAAGUUGCUCAAGAAAGAAUUGAAGCUGCGACAUCUCUUGUAUCUGAACUUAGUGAGUUAGGAACUAAAGAUGAUUGGCAAUAUGCUUUAAAUCGAUUAAUUAAGGGACUUAUUACUUCAAGACAAAGUGCAAGAUUUGGAUUUCUGAUGGCUCUUACUGAAAUUUUACUGGAAUUAAUUCAACGUAAAGGAGAUUAUGAAGAUAUAACGGUUGAAUAUUAUCUUAAUUUAUUAUUAAAUACUACACAAAUUGCUUCUUCUAUGAAGGGGAAAGAAGAAAGAUCUGUACUCUUUGGAAGAUUAUUUGGUUUACAAGUACUUAUAAAUACUAAAGUAUUAUUUAAUUCUUCAAUUUGUGACGAAGAACCAAUUUUAAAAUUUAUUAAUUAUAUUAUUGAAUUAUCUAAUUUAAAAUCUUGGUUAAGAGAAACUACUAUAUUUACUUUACUUCAAUUUAUUAGAGUAUUUCUUAGUGAUGAAACUAAUCAAAGUAAAGAAUUAAAGGAAAAAGUUAUAAUGACUGUAUUACAACUUACUAAUGAUCAAGGUUUAAAUUUAUCAAGUGAAGGUGUAGCCAUAUAUUUAACUAUUCCUAAAUUAAAAAGAUCAAAAUUGGCUGCAAACAUUGUUAAUGAAAAGGCUAAUUGGAAAAAUGGAGAUCCAUUUACUAAGGGUAAUUUACCAUUACUUUCAAAAGCUUUAAAAGAUGUAGAAGUUGCCGAUCCUGAAGGGAAUGAAACUAAUAAAGGAGGGAAAAAUCCUAAACAAAAGGGUAGUUGGAGUCCAAGAAUUCCCUUUGUUUGGGAUUUAAUUUUACAAGAAUUCAAUUCAAUAGAUGAAGAUAUUGAAGAAGUAUCGAAUGAAAAUUCCAAGAAAAGAAAGAAAUCAUCAUCUAAAGAUUCAAAAAGAAAGCAGCAUAAAUCUGUGAUUGAUCUGAAUAAUAUUUCAAUUCAUGAAUUUUGGAAAGUUGUUAUUGAUGAUUCUUUCUAUUCUGAAAAAUCGUCUCAUGAAAGAAAAUAUUGGGGGUUUGAAAUAUUCAGUAAAUUUAUAAAAGAAUUGAAUAAUCCUGAUUCAAUUCAGUACUUAUUUACUCCAAAUUUCAUGAGAUGUUUGGUUAAUCAAAGUGCUCAAUCCAAUAGAUUAUUACAUAAAAUUUCUUCAAAGGCUCUUAAAACUAUUACUGAUGAAGCUCAAGCUCAUCCUGAGAAAUUAAAUAUAAUAUUUAAAAGCCUUAUUAAUGAAAAUAAUGGAGGUACUUGGAAUUUUGAUUUAAUCACGAGAUCUAAAACAAUCGAUACUUUACUUUCAAUAAAGGCAAAUAACCAAGUACUUUUACAAUUGAAAGAUGAUUUGAUUCAAACAUUAAAUGAAGCUGUUGAAAAUCAAGAAGAAAUUGACAAUAAUACUUUUAAAAAAUCCAACGAUAAUAAAAUCAAAUGGUGUUUAGAUAAACUUAUAGUUGUGGUUAGAAGAAAUUUAGUUAAUUUGUCUACUAUUGAAGAUAAUAAGGUAAUUGAAGAUAUCAUUAAGUUGUUGGUAAAGCAAACCUUUUUUGAAUCUUCAGGUAAACAACAAUUAUCAACUCAUAUUAAAAAUAUUUGUCAAGAAAAAUUGAAUUCUAUCCUUGCAGAAGUUAUAAACUUGAAGCGUCUGGAUAAUACUUGGGCUUACUUUACUUUGAAGUAUUUACUUAAAUUAGAGGAAUCUUCGAAAUUUAAGAAUUUAACUGAAUUUGACGAAGAGAUUUUAGUGGUUAAACAAGAAACUACAGAUGUAUUAAAGACAAUUGUAGAAUUAUACUCGGCAACAAAAGUGGAAAGUAAAAUUGAUCAAUUAAGAUGCUUUGAGCUUCUUUACUCAAUGGUGUUAUUACAAUUAUAUUUGGGAGAGGAUGAAGCAGUACAAAUCAUCGCAGAACUUAAUAUGUGCUAUGAAAAUACAUUUUCUAACGAAAUAGAUGAUAAUGUUGAUACUUCAGUAGUGUUGACGGAGAUCAUUUUAUCAUUUAUUUCUAAACAGUCUAACUUAUUAAAAAAGCUAGCUCACACAGUCUGGGAAUUUUUUAUAUGUUCUGAGGAUGCUUCGGGUAAAUUACGUUUAAAUGAAGGUAGUCUCCAGUUAUUGUUUGAUGUUUUAUGCCUGAAAGAAAAUAAGGAGGGGCAGCAGAAGUUAUUUGAAGGCGAAGAUGAAAUGGAAAUAGUAGAAGAUGAUGACGAGGAAGGAAAGAUGGAAGAAGAAGGUAAGGAUGAUGAUGAUGAAGAAGACGAUGAUGAUGAUGAAGAGGAAGAUGAAGAGGAGGAAGAAGAAGAAGAAGAAGAAGAUGAGGAUGAGGGUGAACCAGAUUCGGACGAAAUUGAAUCAGAAUAUGAAAGUGCAAAUGAUGGAGCCGAUGUAGAUAAUAAAGAUAGAAUCACUCAAUUAGAUAGAGAUACCAAUAUCAAACUCGCCAAAGCUUUAGGUAUUCCAACAGGAGAUUCUGGAGAAGUCAAAUUUGAUGAAUUGGAUUCUUCAGAUGAUGAAGAAUAUGAGUCAGAUUCAAUGGAUGAUGACCAAAUGAUUGCUAUGGAUAAACAACUUUCAGAAAUAUUUCGAGAACGUCAAAGUGUUCUUGCGAAUAUAAGUAGUGGAAAUAAAAGAAAAGCUGAAGUUGUACAAGCAAAACAAACUAUGGUUCUCUUUAAAAAUAAUAUACUCGAUCUUAUUGAGAUAUUUAAUAAAGUUAAACCCAAUUCAAUUUUUAAUUUAUAUUGUGUUAAACCAUUGAUAACAUUAAUCAACUUAACAUUAAAUAAAGAACUCGGUGUGAAAGCUCAUAAAAUUCUUAAAACUAAGCUUAACAAAACUAAAAUAACAGAAGAAGAGCUUACUAAAGCCUUUUCUUCUAAUGAAGAAAUUGAAGAAUUUAAAGUAUCCUUAUUAAAUAUAAUUACAGAAUUACAAGAUAACUUAAAUUCUAAGAAAUCUUCUAACCAGAGUCAUUUGUUAGCUUGUAAUCAAUCAUGCAUAAUUAUUGCAAAAAAUUUAAUUUUGGUUGAUUCAUCAUUAGUUGAACAAAUAAUAGAUAUUUAUUCAUUAUCUUUAAAAAAAUGGGCAUUGAAUAGUAAGAGCAAUAUCACCCCAUCUCUAUUCUUUGACUUUAUCAAUUGGUUAAACUCUAAAAGAUAAUAUAUAGCUUAGAUAUACAAGUCUGUAACAAAAAGUACCUCAAUGGGCGAAUAUGUAAUUCUUUCUUAGAAUCAUUUUGCGAAAGUUGCAAAAAAAGUGCAAUUCCAGUGCUAACUUCUUAAAUAUAUUUUUCUGAUGCUUGAUUAUUAGAGUAGAUCAUAUAAAUUAAUAGACAAAAG